AUGGCCAAUGGAGAAGACACCCAGUCGCCAUCGUCGAAGACAGACGCUCCCCACACCAAAGCCGCAGCCCGAGCAGAACAAGUCUCUGGCCAUUUAAAGACUGAUGAUCAAACCCAAAAAUCCAACACCGGCCGCAGACGACGCAAGGACAAGAAAGACGAACUUCCCGCCGACUAUUCCGACAUCCUAGGCCACCUUUCCACCCUCCGCCAAAUCUCCAACACCCCAGACACCUCCCGGCGUGGCUACGUCCGCCAAAUACAGGACGGCAAGCUCUGGGUCCGCGAACGUCUCGACAAACUCCUAGAUGCAGGAUCCUUCAAGGAAAUCGGCUCCGUCAGCGGUCACGUCAAAUGGAAGCAUCUAGGUGGCGAGCGCGAGGAGCCUGAGUCUUACCUCCCUCACAAUAAUGUCCAGGCCUUUGGGAAAUUGAAUGGAAGACAGGUUGUCCUGACCGCUGAUGACUUUACGAUAAGGGCUGGUCAUCAGGAUGGCCAUCUCAUGGCGAAGACGUUGUUUACGGAGAAGAUGAGUAUCCAGCUCAAGUUACCUAUGAUCAAGCUCACAGAUGGGAGUUCUGGUGGUGGGUCCGUUACGUCCAUUGCCGCUACGGGGUUCUCAUACGUUCCUCCAAUGCAACAAGGUUUUGAUGUUGUGACGAAGCAACUGAAUAUGGGAAUUCCUAACCUUGGAGCUGUCGUAGGACCUGCAAUCGGGCUUGGUGCAGCGAGAGUAGUGAGUUGCCACUUCAGUGUUAUGGCUGCAAAUGUCGGAGCGCUCUUCAACGCGGGCCCAAAUGUGGUGAAGAAUGCCACCUUCGAGGAGGGGCUGAGUUUCACGGAUCUAGGAGGACCAGCGAUGCACUGCACAAACGGGACGAUUGAUAACAUGGCCGCCACGGAAGAGGAGUGUUUCGAGCAGCUGAGGACGGUGCUCGGAUACUUGCCAAAUUGUGGAACUCAGGUGCCGCCUGUUGUAUCGUGCGACGAUCCGACUGACCGCGAAGAUGUCGAGCUUCAAACAAUUAUCCCAAGGAAGCGUGAGAGGAUGUACAACCCUCGGAAGGUGAUCACGGGAGUUGUCGAUAAAGGCUCCUGGUUCGAGAUCGGUGCACUAUGGGGACGGACGACGAUCAUAGGCCUGGCCAGACUAGGAGGCCGCCCUGUCGGAAUUCUCUCUAACAACGCGGAAGUCCUCUCGGGCGCCAUCGACGCCGCAGGUUCCCAGAAAUUGACCCGCCACCUGAAGUUCUGCGACGUGUUCAACCUGCCCAUCCUCCAAUUCAUCGAUGCACCAGGGUAUGCUGUAGGGACAGUAGCAGAGCGGACCGCCACAAUGCGCUGGGGCGUCGAGUUGACAAAAGCGUACUACACCACCACAGUCCCGAUCUUCAGCGUCAUAAUCCGAAAAUGCUACGGCGUCGCGGGAGGAGUGAUGGUAGAUUGUCGAGAGCCACAUAUGCGAGUGGCAUGGCCGAGUGGCGAGUGGGGCAGUUUGCCGCUGGAUGGAGGGAUUGAGGUAGCGCAUAGUCAUGAGCUGAGGCAGAUUGAGAAGGAGAAGGGGGAGGAGGCGAGGAAGGAGCGGUACAGGGAGUUGGAUGAGAUGUAUAGACGGAUGAUGAAUCCCGUCAGGACUGCGAAUCAUUUCAGUAUCGAGGAGAUCAUUGAUCCGGUGCAUACGAGGAGCUUGGUGGCGGAGUGGUUGAGGUUGACUUACGAGGCGGAUCUGCCGGAGAGGGUGGUGCACAGAAUGGGUGGGAAGUUACAGCCUUUGUACGCAUAG